AUGGCCAACCGACCUGCUUAUCAGCGACCGUUUCCAGAAAGGAUUAUCAAUGAAUAUCCUCUCCCAAGGAAUUACAGACCACCAGAUUUUCAUGCUUUUUCUGGAGAGGAUGGGUCCUCCACUAUAGAGCAUGUGGGGCGUUUUACAGCACAGUUAGGGGAAAUUGGUAACAAUCCUUUUUACAAGUUACAACUGUUUGGAUUGUCUUUAACUGGGACAACUUUUUCAUGGUUUGUAAGUCUGCCACCUGGGCAAAUACAAACCUGGGAAGGUUUAGAAAUGGUGUUUCAUGCUAGAUUUUUCAAUCCCCUGCCAACGGUUUCUCUGACUGAUUUUUUCGAAAUGAAACAAUAUCCGAAGGAAUCGGCAUCACAAUUUAUUGAGAGGGAUUUGGCAAGCCUCGCUUCCGAGGCUGGACGUUUAGAAUCUCUGUUCAGGGAAAGGGAUCAGAAUUUCAAGCACAAUAAAGGUCAACAUAUGGCUAGUAUGGAAACAGAGACAUAUGACUUUGAUUAUGAUCAAACAGAAGAGAUGGCGGUCGAAAUAAUUUUAGGGAAACCUUAUGUAUGCUCUAAGUUAAAGCCAGCACCAGGAACAGAAGCUAAAGGGCAACCGACUUUUGACAGUUCAAAGGCCGAUGAGAUAUUUGAUAUCAUGUUGACUGAUGAUCAGAUCCGAAUUCCAAAGGGACAGAGGUUGGCCACCAAGGAAGAAAUUAAAGGGAGGCCAUAUUGUAAGUGGCACAAUUCCUUCACGCAUUGUACAAGUCAGUGCACCUAUUUUCGAAAUGAGAUCCAAAAGGCUAUUAAGGCAGGACGGCUCAAGUAUAUCACUUUGCGAGUGGAGCAGUAA